AUUAUUUAUUUUUUUAACCAUAAUUUUAUUUUUUAAUAUUAUUUUUGUUAUAUAAAUUUAAAAAAUGCCGAUACAUUUGUGCUAAGUUUGUCAUAUAUAAUCCUUCUUCAUUUGUCUCUACACCUGUUCGGCUGUUCCAGCAUCUGUUCUUGCUCCUCAAAUGAGGACUUUCGAUAGGCAUUAGGAAGAACUUAGCACUUUCCAGUAGCAAGAACUCAAAUAAAAAAAAUUACGUUUAAGGAUUUAAAAAUUUAACUAAAAAAACCUUCCGUUAAUCACUUAACCGGAAAAUUUUGAUUCAGUUAAUUCAGUUCUAUUAACCGAAUGUUCACCCCUCGUUUACACUGGGGCCUGGGCGGAGGAAAGACAAAUCUAAAAUUACAAAUAGACCCUUUCUAAUAUUCCCUCUGCAAUUUGUAUUUAUUUCUUUCUAUCCACGGCCUCGGGUAUGCUACAUUCGCUCAGUGGGUGAAAAUUAUGCCAGUUCAUAGGUUUUUAUUUCAACACUUAUCUAUUGCACUAGAAGUUGAAGGAACAAUGAGUAGUAGCAAUGAAGUUGAGUGCGGCUGGAAAAUCGUUCACAUUCCUGAUAAGCCCCCCGUUCUGCCUCACCUACAACCCACUGUGAAUGUGUAUGCUGCUGAAAUUGAACCUAAAGAUGCUAAUACUUUAGUAAGGAAGUUAAAUCAAAUUUGUCCACUGGAAAACCUGCGGCAUGUAAAGCGGAUACGCAAGAAGUGCAUCGAUGGAGGAAAACCUCAGUUAUCUUUAAUUUUGUCUAUGACAAAUGAAGAUGCUGGUGGCAUGCCAAGCAAUGUGCUGGAGCUUGUGAAAUCAUACCAGUUGAGUACUUUCAUCACAAAAGUCUGCAGAUAUGCUGCAUCAACAAAAGAAGAAUGGGAAGAACAGUGUAAACUUUGGCCAACUUCCUUCCAUCCACCGACAUACAAUAUCAGUGGCAUAACUGGGUUUAGUGAAGAGGAAUCACAAUCAGUUUUCAGCUUUAUGAAAUCAGCAAUUAAUUUGGCAAAAUCCAUUGAUGGCCUGGUGAUCAAUGCUGCUAUCAUUGUGGACCCUUCAACUAAACAGGUAAUUGCAAGUGCCUGUGAUGAAGUGGUGUCUUUGAACAGUUCCAGAAAUGAGGCCAGGGAGGGCAUAAACUGCUCUAGUCAACGAGAAGCCUCUAGUCGCACCAGAGCAACUGAUAUGGCUGACCAACCAAAAUUGCUUUCAGAUGAUUCCUCAAACAAACCUAUAGCAGUUUAUGAUAAUAUUUCAUGUUUACAUCCUUGGAAGUGGGCAGAGCAACAAUUUAGUGCUAGCUUCAGUUCUUGGCAUCCUUUAAGGCAUGCGGCUGUAGUUGCUAUUGACCAUUCAGCUACCAGGGAUCGACAGCUUUUUCCCUCUGCAGGAUAUAAUGGAUAUCAUUUUGCUCAAGAGGAUUGUGUGCUUUCUCCUCUAGUUGGGUCUCCAUCAAAAAGGCAAAAGGUCAAUCCAACAGAUGUGAAGGAUAUGGAGAAUCAAACUGUAAACCCUUCUGAUGAAUCAAGCAGACCUUAUUUAUGUACGGGCUAUGACAUCUACCUUGUUUGGGAGCCAUGUUCUAUGUGUGCAAUGGCCCUUGUCCAUCAAAGAGUUAGGCGUAUCUUUUAUGCUUUCCCAAAUCUUAAUGCUGGUGCGCUUGGAAGUGUUCACAGAUUACAAGGGGAAAGAAGCUUGAAUCACCACUAUGCUGUAUUCAGGGUUUUGUUGCCCAAAGAUACUUUGAGAGCUGAAGCAUUAGAUGCUGGAACUACUUUGAAUGAUGAAACCAUAGUUCAAGUAUCAUGCUGAGUGACCCGCUUUUUACUGCAUCUUUCCGAGUCUGCCCAGCCUUAGCAAUUUGAGAGAGAUUAGAAGAGACUAUUAGAUGUGAGCUGAUGAGUAUAAUAUCAAGAUUUGGAUUCAUCAAACUUGGAAGACUGACAAAAAUGUAGUGCAACCUUGUGAGAUCAUCCAAUUUGUGUCUAACUUGUAGCUUCAAAUUUUUUCUUCUUGUAGUUGUAACAGUUCAUGUUUGUAUACUCCAUUAUAACUUUUCCCUAGUCCCACACUGGGAGCCAGCUUUACUGCCUAAUAUAUUUGGACUUUAUGUAUCGGUAACAUCUAUUCAUUGAUUAAACUAACUUUUUUAUUUUUUAA